UUAUUUCAACACGCAUCCUUUUAAUUGAUAGCCAGUGCCAAUCAUUUAAUUAGUCAAAACCCGAAAUGAGCGCAUUUUUCGGUUUUAACUGACGUCAUCGGUCGACUAUGUCCGAUUAUAUCAAAACAACACUGGGUGCGUGAAAAACAAAAUGCUAAGUUGGGAACUCGGUUCCGUCUAAUAGUAGUAGUAGUAGUAGUGAAUGAGCUUUCAUUCGUUUCGGCGAGGGAUUAGAUUUUAUACUCGUGAAAUAGGUCAGGUUAGUUGGCGCCAUGAAUCUUCUUGGAAAAGCUCUCGUUUUUGUAUUGAUGGGUUGCGCUUACACCCAGAAUAAUUUUGGUCAACCGGACAACUUUGGGAAUAUAAAUCAACCGGGAUUAAAUUUUGGUAACGGUGGAAAUAGUCCGUUUGGUGGCAAUGGAAAUAGUCCAUUUGGUAGCGGCAGUGGUGAUCCAUUUGGUAGCGGUAGAAAUGAACAAGAUGCAAGUGCAUACUUGCAGCAAGCACAACUUAUGAUACAGCAGCUCCCAGCAUUAAUGAAACAGAAAUGUGAACAAGCUGGACAUCCGGAAGUAACUCAGUCUCUUCAGCAACUGUAUGCUCAGACUGAAAAAUGCCUGGAAAGCAAAGUCGAUUUCAGUACAGAUAAACUUGGUAACACAUUUUCUGGUGCUGCACGAACUGGCGAGCUCCCUGCCUUUUUUAAGAAAUACUGUAAGGUUUGGCCUGACGUUCAUGGGUGUAUCAACCCUUUUGUAACUUCUCUUGAGAAAUGUUUCGACAGCGAUGAAAAACGCACCGUUGAUAAAACACUUUCCCUCGUCGAUGACACAAAUACUUUCUUCUGCGAAAACAAUGCCGAUCGCAUUAUGAAAUUAAUUAACGGUGGAGCUAUCCAAUGCCUUCAAUCUGUAGGUGAAGACAUCCAAGGAUGUGCAAAAACUACCGUGCAGAAGAGACAAAAAACAACAAAGUAGCAAAAAGCCUUGUUUGCUUAUGAUGAAGAGACUUGUAGCGACUUCCAGUCUGGACGUAAGUGCAUCACUUCAAAACUAAAUACAUGCGAAUCAAAAGACCCUUCCAAGAUAGUAGAUGACUAUUUAGCACUAGUUCAAGACAAAGUUUGCAGUUCAGCCUCAAGUUUGUCUUGGUAUUCGUUUGCUAAUAUUUUGUUAUUGGUAGGAACCUACUUAUAUUCUAGGAUGUUCUAAGCCGUUCUGGUAUCAGAGAACUGGUCAAACAACUGGCUACCUCACGAACAUUUUUGAAUAUAAAAGCUUCUGGCCAAAUACUAUGACUGUAUAGGUAUGCAUAACUUUGUUUAUAUUUACAAAUACAUUAAAGGUAAAUAUUUAGUAUUUACUGACCCGUGCUAGGCCAUUAAAAUGUAGUUUUUUAUUUAAAAAAUGAAUAGACAAAAAUUAUUAUUAAAUAAUAAUAAUUACCAUAGUCCUUUAAAAGCUACA